AUGGAUACACACAUCAGGAAAACGGCAUGGUUGUUGGACAAUGAUCAAUAUUUGGAAAAAACUGGGUUGACAGAAUUCCAUCUACAGGGUAAUCGUCCACCAUGGCAGGAUUUUGCUCUCCCUCAUCUAGGAUCGGAUAAUGGAUUGCUGGGAACACAUAGCAGCAAGACACAGGAUGUGCUGACAGGACAAAUGAAGAAAACACAGUCUCAAAAGGUGCAAACAACAGAAGAAUGGAUAAGAAACUACAGUUUGGAAUCCUUGCAAUUAACAUUAGAGUAUCUGUGCUCCAGGAACUCAGGAAAUGGUGGUGAAGUGGUGGAGUUUACAGAGGAGACUGUUACUGAUUUUGAAUCCAGACUUUCUGAAGUGAUUGAGCUCUAUCAGCACCGAAUUCAGUGGCUGUUGCAGGACAGCAGAAAGGUGUUCGGUGUUCUAAAAGGAACUAAAGUCGGACUUUUGGUUGAUGUGUCUCAUUUGAGUUAUGGACCUAGACUAUUGGAUUUUCAAAAGAACCUUUUGUGCUUAAUAGAUGAGCAGCUUUGUUAUAAGAAGGAAUUGUACUGCCUCUCAUUCAGUACAGAAAUUUCACCACUGUGGGAGAGUCCAAAAGCCAUCAAUGUUCAUGUGCUACAUGAAGCAAGACAGUGGGUACAAGAGCUGGAGCCUGGUCGAGGCUGCAAUUUGCUGAAAGCCUUAAGGCAUGUCCUUCCAAUGAGAGAACUGAAUUCCUUGGUUCUUAUUGUAGGAAGCUGCCCUGAUCAGUCUUUUGAAAUACUAUGUGAUUAUGCUCAGCAGUGUACACUGGGCAGAAAAGUGCAGAUUCACAUUGUUACAUAUGAUUGCAGCAACCCUGCUUCCCUUGCAGUUCUAAAGAACCUUGCAGAAGCUGUAAGAGGCCGUUAUCAUUGCUACUCUUCCAAGGAAGAGAAUUUUGAUAGCAGUGAUUUUCAUCUGCUGCUUCAGGAGUCCCAGAAGGCUAAGGACCUACUCAAGAGCAUCAAACAGAGUUUUCAAAGAAGAGUUGGUGGGUUGCUUGGUAGUAAAAGAGCAGAUGUUUCCACAGCAUUUGCAAAUACAGCACCUUCUAGCUUCUUCCCAAAGCCUCCAAAGCACCAAGCACCAUUAGUUAUUCAAACACCAGGCAUCCUGUCCAAAACCUCAGCAGACUGGUUAAAGACGUAUGGAUUGAAAGCUAAAAGGUUAGACCUUUAUCAAGUUCUGGCUCCCAAUGCUUUCUCUCCUGUGGAAGAUUUUGUACCUAUUCUUAGAAAAACAGUAUCAUCAACUCUGCAUGAGAAAGUGAUGAUGCAGUUUGAGUGGUAUGAUGGAACUGUAAAAAAUAUCCAUGUUGACGUGCCAGUAUUGUACAGCUAUCAGAAACUCCUUGCUAAAAUGGUAGGAAUUUAUGAGAAACGAAUUGACUGGCUGUCUGUUGCUAGCAGAAGAAUAUGGGGAAGUGUUUGUGAAAGAAGGGUGGUUGUACUUGUUGAUAUAUCAGUGACAAACUCUCCCUACAUCUCUCAUAUCCAACAUUGUUUGCGACUUUUACUUGAGGAACAAAUGUCAAAUAAAGAUUGCUUCAAUAUUAUAGCAUUUGGGAGUGACAUUGUGCCUUGGCAGCAGGAACUGUGUCCUUCCCAACCAGAAAACUUAGAAAAGGCUUGGAGGUGGGUGUUGAGCUUGGACUGCAAGGGCAGUAGAAAUUUCAUGAGUGCUCUCAGAAGAGCUGUGGAGGUUGACUUCAAAGAUAGUGAUAAACACAAAUCACAGGGACUCUACCUGCUGACUACUGGAAUACCUGACCAGGAAACACACACAAUCAGUGCUUACGUGGCUGAGGCUUGCAGGGGUUUGGAUUUGCAGCUCCAUGUCUGUCUGUUCAGUGUAACAGAGGGCACUGACUCCAGUGGGAUUAUUCCAGCCCGCUAUGCCAACCCCAGGGAAACUGCCAGUGCUUUUAAAGACAUUGUACAGGCAGCCAAAGGGAGGUUUCACUGGUUUGGAGAAGCAGGUAUUUUUGAAAGUGAUGAUAUUACCAGUAUUAUAUCUGAAAUGGAAAAAGCAAAGAACUACUCCCAAAAGUGUGCAUUCCUGGUGGAGUCCUUAAAGCAACGCUCAGUAAAUCAGUCUGUGAAACCCCUCACACCAGAAGGAGACUCAAAUGUGCUUAUUAGGAAUGAGAAAAAAAAAACACAGAAAGUGCCAUCUCCUAAACCCACAGCUGUGCUUAAGGAUGUUAAAGACAAUCAUGGUGCAGAGGGAAAUACUCCUGUAAGAGUACUGGCAUGGCGUCCUCCCAGUGCCAAAGCAGGAAUUCCACCAGCUCAAACAGUUAAAGAAUGGCCUCAGACUGAGAAUAAAGGAAAGCACAAACCCAGGAAGCAGCCAGAGCUUUCUGUGUCUGUAUUUUACACUGAAGAAGGAAGAAAUGUGGGUACAAUAUAUCAGAGGUAUCCAAAGGCAGUGUGUGUAACAAAAUCUGUUUGCUCUGUCAAAUUGCCAGAGGAAGAGGAAAUCUGUUCAAGCAAAGAGUGGCUGACCAAGUACAGUAUUAAAAAGCUUAAACUGGAAUUGCCCAGACUGAUGUUUGCUCCAAGCUGUACCCACCAGAAGACAACUGUGGAGUGUCUGCACAAGAAAGUGUCAGCAAAAUACUGUUCUAUCUUCCCCAGUGCAGAAAUCAAUGGGGUUGUGAAACAUCUGCAGUUUCAGCCCAGAGAACUGGAAGCCUUCACAGAGCAGCUGGAGAAGGUGCUGCAGCGCUAUAUCCAGAGAGUGCAGUGGCUUCUCUCAGGAAGCCGAAGAUGGUUUGGUACCAUUUUAGAAGCAAAUGUCUGUGUUUUGAUUGAUACAUCUGGCUCCAUGGGCCCAUAUUUGCCACCUGUGACAAAAGAACUUACCUCCCUUAUCUGGGAACAGCUGAGAAAAAAUCAAGUCAGGUUUAACCUGCUGAGAUUUGCAGAAAAUACAGAGAGUUGGAAAGAGUAUCUUGUAGAGGCAACUGAUGAAAACUGCCAUGAUGCUGUGCAGUGGGCUGCCACGUGCCAUGCUCAUGGGAGCUCCUGCAUCCUUGCAGCUUUACAGAAGGCUCUCAGUUUCCAAGGUGUAGAGGCACUGUAUCUAUUGACUGAUGGAAAACCAGACACCAGUUGCAGUCUGAUUUUGACAGAAAUGGAAAGAUUGAUAAAGAAACAAGAUAUUAAAAUCCACACCAUUUCUUUUAGCUGUGCAGACAGAGGAGCUGUUGAAUUCCUGAAGAAGCUUGCUUCCCAAACAGGAGGGCGCUUCCACUGCGCUUCUGGAGGUGAAGAUGGACAAUUAGCAGCACACAGACUAUUGACAGAGGGGCUGGAUGAUGAUGAUAAUCCAGUUUUCCCUUACUUUGAAGGAGAUGAUUUAAAUAAACUUACUCAAGAAGUAGCAAAAGCUAGAAGUUUCUUAAAGCAGGCAAAAUCUUGGCGCUUACUGCUUGAAAAAUGGAACCCAAACCGAAAAGGCAACUGUGGCUUCCAAAAGAAUGUUCAGUGUGUUCACACCUUCCAGCUUCAAGCAGAAAGAAAGAUGAUUUUUUUCUUUGUUGUCACGACUGUUGGCAAGACAAGAAGUUGCAGAUGA